AUGGCGGAAGUGGCUGUGUCAUUAGUUAUUGACCAACUUCUUCCACUCAUAACGAAAGAAACCAAACUGUUGAGAGGUAUUCACAAGGAGUUUGCAGACAUUAAAGAUGAACUUGAAAGCAUUCAAGCGUUCCUUAAGGAUGCUGAUAAAAGAUCUGCAACAACUGAAGGAAUCAAAACAUGGGUGAAGCAAGUUAGGGAAGCAGCUUUUCGCAUUGAAGAUAUCAUUGAUGAAUAUAUGAUUCUGGUGGGACAGCAGCCUCUUCAUCACGGCUUUCUAUCUUUACUCCAUAAGCUCAAAGCUAUGAUCUCUCGUCGUCGAAUAGCGUCUGAGAUUCAAGACAUUAAGUCAUAUGUACGAGGGAUCAAGGAAAGAAGUGAAAGAUAUGGCUUCCAACGUUCUCUUGAACAAGGACCAAGCAAUUCUAGGGAAAUCCGGAAUUCUAAAUGGCAUGACCCUCGCUUGGCUGCUCUUUACAUAGAAGAAUCUGAAGUUGUGGGCUUUGAAGAGCCAAGGAAAAGAUUGAUUGGUUGGAUGGUAAAGGGAAGGGAUGAGCGCACUGUAGUUUCUGUGGUAGGAAUGGGAGGGCAAGGAAAAACCACUCUUGCUAAGAAAGUUUUUGACAGCAAGGAUGUAGUCCGCAACUUCGAUUGUCGUGUUUGGAUCACAGUCUCUCAAUCAUAUACUGUUGAAGAGUUGUUGAAAGACACGCUGAUAAAGUUUUGCAAAGCAACGGGAGACGAUGCUCCUAGGGAUAUUUCUCAAAUGGAUCGAGGGUCAUUGACUGAAGAAGUGCGAAAGUACUUGCAGCAAAAGAGAUACAUUGUUGUGUUUGAUGAUGUUUGGAGUGUACAUUUUUGGGAUGAUAUUGAAUUUGCUGUAAUUGAUAAUCAAAAUGGAAGUAGGGUAUUUAUCACAACUAGGAACCAAAAUGUUGCGGUUUCAUGUAAAAAAUCUUCUUUCAUUGAGAUGCUUGAAUUGCAACCUCUAACUCAAGAACAAUCUUUAGAGCUAUUCAAUAAGAAGGCAUUCAAAUUUGACUAUGAUGGGUGCUGUCCAAAAGAGCUUACAGGCAUAGCCAAUGAAAUUGUUCAAAAAUGUAAUGGCUUACCACUAGCAAUUGUAGCCAUUGGUGGUCUUUUGUCUACAAGAGAGAAAAAUGUGUUUGAGUGGCAGAGAUUUAGAGAAAACCUGAGUUUAGAGCUAAAGAAAGAUACAAAUUUAAUUGGGAUAAAAGAAAUUCUUGGUUUAAGCUAUGAUGAUUUACCUUAUUAUCUCAAGUCAUGCUUGUUGUAUUUUGCAAUAUAUCCAGAAGAUUACGUGGUUAGAUCAAAGAGUGUGAUUCGUCACUGGAUUGCGGAAGGGUUUGUGAAGGAGGAAAGAGGGAAGACAUUGGAAGAAGUAGCAGAAGGAUAUUUAACGGAGCUGAUCCAUAGAUGUUUGGUGCAAGUAUCCUCGCUUAGAUAUGACGGUAAGGUUAAACGUUGUCGUGUUCAUGAUCUAAUACAUGAAAUGAUGCUUGAAAUAAAUGAGGAUUUAAAUUUUUGCAAGCAUAUUAUUGAUGAUGGACAAUCAAACUUAAGUGGAAUUGUUCGACGCUUAUGGGUAACUACCAAAUCAAGAACGGGUCUUGAUGAUUUAAAUUUGCAUAUUGAAAGGUUGCAUCUUCGGUCAUUGUAUUAUUUUAAAAGUGGUCGAUUCUAUCUCAUGGAUUAUUUGAGAAUCCCUACGAAAUUCAGAUUAUUGAAGGUUCUUGAUAGUGAAGGUGACGACUUAAUGUAUGGUCUUCAUGAGGUUGGAAGUUUGAUCCAUUUGAAGUAUUUAAAGCUCAAUUAUAUUGGGAAUACUAAACCUCCAAAAUCCAUUGGCAUGCUCCAGAACUUAGAGACCUUAGAUGCAAGACGUGCAAAGAUUGAGCUGCCAAAGGAGAUUAGCAAGCUUAGAAAGCUAAGACAUCUUAUCGGCUACCGGAUAUCUUUAGUUCAUUUAAAGAAUGGUAUUGGAGAGAUGACAUCCCUACAAACGCUUCGUAAUGUUGAUUUAAAUAUGGAUGGAGCUGCAGAGGUAAUUAAAGAGUUAGGAAAGCUGAAACAGAUGAGGGAUUUGGGGUUGGUUAAUGUUCAUGAGGAAGUUGAAAGCAUUCUGUCAUCUUCAAUCAAUGAAAUGCAACACUUGGAGAAACUAAAUGUUGAAUUACCUUUUCAAAGUGAUAAAUCCAUUGGUUUGGAUUUGAUUUCCACACGAAUGAUGCUUCGAAAACUUUCACUUAAUGGAAUGUUAAAGAGGUUGCCAAAGUCUAUUCCAAUGCUUCAGAAUCUUGUUGUGUUGAGGUUGAAGUGUUCCUAUUUAACUAAAGAUCCAAUGCAAUCCCUAAAAAGUUUGCAGCACUUGUUGAUCCUCUCUCUGACCUACAGUGCCUUUGAAGGUUUAUGUUUGCAUUUUGAAGAUGGAGGGUUUCAGAAACUAAAGGAACUGUAUGUUGAGAAUUUAUCUGAAUUGAGAGAUAUUAUUAUCGAAAAAGGAGCUCUUCCUUCUCUGAAAAAGCUUCAGUUACUCUGGCUUUUCAAUCUCAAGAAUUUACCCAUAGGAAUCCUACACCUAGAGAAGCUUGAAGUUCUCAAUAUUCAGGAUACUAGAUGUAAAAUUGAGCAGAACAUUUAUACUGAGGAUUUGAGUUGGAUCACGGAGCAUAUGCCGAGUGUUAAAAUUAAUUGUUAUGAUAGUUAA